GGAAAUGAUAAAUUCCAAAGACGCUGAUGGUAACGAUAUUGGAAAUAUGUGGAAUGCAUUAGGACACAUAAACAGAACAAACGUAGGCGUUAAAACUAGGUCUAAGAUUGAAAAUAAUUACGAUUUAGAACAGGAAUAUUUAAACGAAUAUGUAAACAAACUGGAUAGCGUUACACAGGAGGAUAGAAACCAAGCAUUUGAAGCAAACAUAGCGGAACAUUUCAACAGUCUAGAGAACAUGUACAGGCCAGAAAAAAACAUUCACAAUAACAUAGAGAAACUUAAAAAUUACCGUGAUAAACAUUUCAUAAGAGCUCGCAACGUAAUCAACAAUUUAGUGACAAAAGGCGGGGAUACGAAGGAACUAAAUUUAUUUGAUCACUCGUAUGAGCCUGUAGGCAUACGCGAAGCCAAUUCUAAUGAACAGGAUAGUUGCAUGGUUACAACCCUUAGAAGAGAAGGAAACAAUUACGCCCGAAAAUGGGAGUCUUUUAACACCACUCACGAGGAGAACUCCGCGACGGAAGCCACAUAUGUUGUAAUUGAAUCGUCUGGUAUCGAAGGAGUGCUAAGAGGAGGCAAUUCAGCCUGUGAGAAUUCAUUCAUAGAACAAUUGAACAAAUCGAUGUCGUUUGACACCGCGUUGAGUGCACGCAGCGCUCUCAUGAGGGGCGCAUUGUGCAGGUUGGUGCGCGCGCGACACACCCACAGCAGCGGCGGCUGCCGACGUCGCCCUACGUAUUCGUCAGAUUCUUCAGUAGCUUAUUUGUCGAAAAUACUACAUAAUCUGCCAAGGUUCAACCCUAUAAGACUAGGACUAGCUUCACGCGACUUUGAUUUGUCUAUUGGAAAUAAUUACUUACCAGGAGUACUAUUAUACGGCUUUCCAAUUUUUGGCGUCCUGGUCCUGUAUCUCAUGAUGUGGAAUAGUUUUUGCCGCCGAUGCUCUAAUAAAAAACAAAUAUUCAGACGUUGCGAUAUGUGGAAAGUAAAAUAUUAUAAGAAAAUGGUUGCGUUCUGUAGUUUUCUAAGUAUUGUUGCUCUUACUACGGGAGUAUAUGGCGCUUAUUUUACGCACAGUGAUGUUUGCGCAGCGAUUAGAGAGAAAAUAGAUCCUAUCUUAGAUGUAUUGUCGCCGUUUUUGUUUCAGACAGAUAAUUUAUUAAAUCAACUGCACAAAGCCUUAGACAUUGCUAUGGGUUUAGAAAAAUCAAAUACGACGACUACAUAUCCACAUAUUGAACAAAUAAUAAACAAUUUGGAAGUUUCUGUGUCGUCAUAUGAACGUCAUAUUACCACGAGACGCAAAAAUUUGACCUUAUUGAAAGAUGUCGAAUCGUUAAUUAUGUUCGAUGCACGCGGCAACGCGGAUUCCACUCGGCGACCGCGCGGCGGCCGUGCGGUGUGA